AUGCACAGGUGUGUUGUUACUUGCGUUCUUCUAUUAACUUUUUUCAACAUUAUAGAAAGUAAUAAUGAGACAACAUAUGAAUGUAAUCAACAAUCACCAUGUGGAUGUUCAAUGAAUACAGCUAUUCAAUCACGUAUCAUUGGUGGUGAAACAGCUCCAUCUCAUACAUGGGGUUGGACAGUAGGAUUAUACCGUUCACAUCAUUAUUAUUGUGCUGGUUCAAUAAUUGCAUCGGAUUUAGUAGUAACUGCUGCACAUUGUAUUUAUUCAGAAAUAUCAACAUUAUCAAAACUUACAUUAAUUGCUGGAAGUAAUUUACUUUCGGAUACCGAUAAACAAGGACAAAUACGUUCGGUACACGAAGUUUUUAUACAUCCACAAUAUGACAAUCGUUUGACACUAAAUGAUAUUGCGAUUAUUCGUGUGUCAAAAUCAUUCAAUAUGUCAGAUUCAAGAUUAGCAGCAAUAUGUUUACCGAAUGCUGUAACGGCUGAAGAGAAUGCUAUAUCAGAAGAUCCAAAACCAGGAACAAAUCUUGUUGUUGUUGGAUGGGGUGUAACUGAAAGUGGUAGUGGUAUUAAAUCAAAAACUUUACAACAAGUUACAGUACAAGCAGUAGCUAGUAAUUCAACAGAUUGUACAACAUCUACAGGAGACAUGGUUAAUUCUACACUUACUUUUUGUGCUGGAGUAGCAGGUGGUGGAAAAGAUUCAUGUCAAGGUGAUAGUGGCGGACCACUAAUGGCUUUCGUUACGGACCAUUGGGAACUUGUAGGCAUAACAUCAAAUGGUUAUGGAUGUGCUUUGCCUGGUCAUUCUGGUAUUUAUACACGUGUUCCUUAUUUUAUUCCAUUUAUUAAUACAAUAAUUAACCAAAAUCAAACAUUAUAUUCAUCAAUAAUUAACCUAAGAGAAAAAAUGGGUUAUGGAAAUGAAAAUCGAAAUAAACAACAAAUGAACAAAUCAAAAUCUAUUCAAAGUGUUUAUUCUAAUGAUACUGAACCAGAAUUAUCUGAUAUAUUUUUGGAAAAAAAUCGAUCGAUUAGUAAUCAACGAUUGACUACUUUCAAGGAAUCGAAAUUAUUAGCUAAACGUAUUGUAUUGUAUUUGGGUGCAGCUAUUCCAUCACCAGAUCAACGUGGUCUCGAUGCUAUUCAAGCACCAUUAUCUAAACGAUAUCCAGUCAAUGGUGAAGAUACUGUUUGUGGACUUGAAGCAUGGUUAUCUGUUGAUGAAAAUGGUUUACAAAUUCAAUUUAUUAGUGAUCCAUCUGUUACGUUAUAUUAUCCUAUUCGGUCUCUUGCUUAUUGUGCUAGUAUACGUUUUGCAAAACGUAGUCAAACUGGUAAUAAAUCUUCAAAUGAUUGGCGUUUUGUUUCAUUAGAUGCUCCAGAAGCUAAUCAUAUUAAUAAUUCACAAAAUCCACCAUUAUUUGCUGUUACUUUUCGACGAACUCGUCAUUUGCCCGGUGAUGAAUGUCAUUGUUUUGUUACAAAAACUAAACAUGCUGCAUUAGAACUUGUUGAAGCCUGUUUUAGAGCUUAUCAUAGAGCUGAUCCAAAACAAGAUUGUUCGAAAGUACCACUUUAUUUUAAAAUGAACAGUAAUGGAACACGAGUUAAAGAAGUAAAUAGUGGAAUAUAUAUUGCAUCAGCAACAGGUGAAGAACAAAAAGCAAGUUAUCAGAUUAGUCGACAAAAUUCUGGAUUUUUUUAUAAGACACAAAAAGUACCAAUUAAUUGUUGGCUAUUAUCAGAACAUCAGAAAAAUGUUUCCCAUCGAAUAACACGUGAUCAUUCUUCCAAUUCUCGCUCGAAUCGUUCAUCCCAUGCCCCACGUCGUACUACACAUACAGCACCAGUUGGUAGUAGUCAUAAAUUAAUGGCUCCUCGACCUCAAUCCUUAUCAACAACUAAACUGACUAAACAAUCAUCACAAACAGCAACUGGUCCAUAUACACCCGUACCUGGUGCUAAGCAUGUUGAUCGAACAAAAGAUAAUAGGUCAGGUCGGAGUACCCGAACACGAGUGAUUUCAAAGAUGUCACCGGUUCCAGAACAUGUGCCUUUAACUCAUACACAUAGUUACGAUUCUCAUAUGAGAUCAAAUCCAGAUAAUUCAACUGGAAAUAAAUUAUCAAAAGAUAUGAGUCGUUUAAUAUCAAAUAAUGAUCAUUCAAAAACGCCAGUUAAAAUUCAUACUCGACCAAAAUCAGUAACAGUACAUAAUGAACAGAACAAUGCGAAAAAAAAACCUAUACAAAAUACACAUCAAGAUUAUGAAAUUAUGGAAGAGUAUUACGUAAUUCAGCCUGAUAACAACUACUCAAAUGGACCGCAUAAAAACCAUCACCAUAAACAUGAUGAAAUUUCGAAAGUAGCUUCACCUCAACAUGCAUUGACACAGCAACAUCAACAUCACCAACAUCACCAACAUCAACAUCAUCAACACCAACAUCAACACCACCAACACCAUCACCACCAACAACAACAGUUUCCUGCAUCUACAUUCAUACAAGAAGAAAUUUCUAAAUCUGCCUUUCAACAACAGAUUCCAUCGCCAGUAUUCAUGCAGCAACAAUUUCCAGCAUCAGUAUUUCAACAUCAACAGGUUCCAACACCAGCAUUUCCGCAACAACAGUUUUCUGCACCGGCAUUUACACAAAUAGAGCUUCCUGCACCAGCAUACACACAACAACAACUCCCAACGCCAGCAUAUCCGCAACAACAACAAGCACCUACACCGGCAUUUCCACAACAACAGGUUCCUACACCGGCAUUUCCACAACAACAGGUUCCUACACCGGCAUUUCCACAGCAACAACAACAGGUUCCAACACCGGCAUUUCCACAGCAACCACAGGCUCCUACACCAGCAUAUCCACAACAACCACAACCGGCUCCUACACCAGCAUAUCCACAACAACCACAACCGGCUCCUACACCAGCAUUCGGGCAACCACAACCAGCUCCUACACCAGCAUUCGGGCAACCACAACCGGCUCCUACACCAGCAUUCGGUCAACAACAGGUCCCUACACAAGGAUUUACACAGCAACAGGUUGCUAUACCAACAUAUCCACAACAAGAAGCUCCUGUGCGUGCAUUUCUUUCGCAAAAUUUUCCUACAUCUGUAUUUAAACCUGACGAAUUUUCUGGCCUACCAUUCGAUACGAAACUUCUUCCACCAGGAGCGUUUGCAUUUCAUACAGUUCAAUCAUUCCCGCAAUCAAAUAAUAAUAAUAAUCCAUCAAACACAUAUUGGUAUUAUACAAUGUAG